CACGCCAUAAAAGCCAUCUAUCUCUCUCUCUCUCUCUCUCUCUCUCUAACAUUGUGUAAGCAAUUCUAAAACAAAAUCACACGAACCAGACCACCAUUACAUAGAUCUCUUCGCUCUUUCAUACGUUUCGCACUUCCCCAUUCUUAUAUUCUUUGUCGCCUAUAUUUACUCCCACACUCCUGGAUUCGUUUCUAUAUAUCUUUCUCCAUCAGAUACAGACACACCAAGUGCAAAGUCCUUUUCUCAAUUAAUCAAUAAAAGUAUUGGGGCAAAUAUCAGCUGCGAUAUCACUAGUUAUUGUUGUUGGAUGCUCUCUUUUUCUCACCAGUUCAUGGUAUGUUCUACUUCAAUGUUUUUCCCCUUAUUUACUCAAUCAGUUUGUUCUAGAUCUUUCAAUUAGUUUCGUUAUUAGGAGUCUUUUUGAUACUUAUCUCAAUCACCCAUGUUAUAUGAUAUCAAUUUGAAAUUGGGUUUCUGCUGUUUUAUACAUAUUGAUUGGUUUUGAUGAUAUUCGUCUUUAAAGCCUUCGUGUUAGAUGCGUCCUGGGUGCAAGAAGGCUCUUAAAGGACUUUAUGAGCCAUAAAACAACAUACCCACAACCAAAAUCUCAUAGUUUUGUGUUAUUAAGAUACAAUCUUUGAUUAUUAUUAUUAUUAUUACCAAUGGAGGAAGGAAAAGAUCCUCCUACAACAGUUAUAAGUAGGUCAAACCAAUCUAGGGCUUUACCACAAAGACUUAUUCAAUUACUUGCCUUGUUUCUACUUUUAUGUUUUGCCAUAUCAUUAUUUAGUAUAUAUAUGAUCCGUAAAACCGGAGUAGUAACAACAGUGACAUCAGCAAUCCCCAUGUUGCAACCAUGUAUACAAGCACAACCACAGAACAAUCUUGACCAUUGGAUCACACCUCCUUCGAAUCUUGUCCACACAAUGAGUGAUAAAGAGCUAUUUUGGAGAGCUUCUUUUGUUCCACAGUUAAAAAAGUAUCCAUUUGCAAGAGUCCCAAAGAUUGCCUUUAUGUUCUUGACUAAAGGCCCAUUACCAUUGGCUCCUUUGUGGGAGAGGUUCUUUAAGGGGCACAACAGUCUUUAUUCUAUUUACAUUCAUUCACUUCCAUCAUUUCAAGCUCGUUUUCCAUCAACAUCUGUUUUUUAUCAGAGACAGAUACCAAGUCAGAUAGCCGAAUGGGGUAGAAUGAGCAUGUGUGAUGCAGAAAGGAGACUCCUAGCCAACGCCCUUCUGGACAUCUCAAACGAAUACUUCAUUCUUGUAUCGGAAUCAUGCAUUCCACUCUACAACUUCACCAUAACAUAUCGUUACAUAACACGAUCCAAAUACAGUUUCAUGGGGGCCUUUGAUGACCCGGGCCCAUUCGGGCGGGGCCGCUACAACCCCAACAUGCUGCCCGAAGUCAACAUUUCCCAAUGGAGAAAAGGCUCUCAAUGGCCGGCUUGUUAUGUUGAUGAGCAUUAUUUUCCAACUUUGUUAACAAUCCAGGCACCGAAACUGCUUGCAAACAGGAGUUUGACUUGGGUUGACUGGUCCAGGGGUGGGCCCCACCCUGCAACAUUUGGGGCGAUGGAUAUUACGGAGGAAUUUAUGAAGAAACUUCAUGAAGGUCGGGAAUGUGUUUAUAAUGAUAAGCCGUCUUUGAUGUGUUAUAUGUUUGCAAGGAAAUUUGCUCCAACAACGUCUCCGGAUUUCUCCUCUGCUCUGCAAUUGCUCACACCAGCUGUCGCUCACGUCUUCACCAUCGUCUCCGAUCUCUGCUGCCACUGGCUCAUAAUGGAUAACGAUAAAAAAAUACUUCUCAAUAUUAUCAGAAGCAUUAGCGAAUCCACAUACACAAUUCCCGUUUCCACCACCAGAUAAAUAUUAUCUUUGUGAUACCGCGUAUUCACACACUCGAGGAUUUAUGGCUCCGUAUCGUAAUGUGAGGUAUUGGCUUUGAGAUUUUCCUCAGAGACAUCCAUUGACCAAUAAAGAAAAAUUUAAUCAUUCACAUGCAAAACUUCGAAAUGUCAUUGAACGUGCUUUUGGCGUCUUGAAAACACGAUUCCCUAUAUUGAAGAAGAUGGCACCAUUUCCUUUGGUUACACAAAGAAACAUUAUCAUUGUAUGUUUCGCGCUACAUAAUUUUAUACGGAAAGAGGGGUUGAGCGAUGAGUUCUUUACUUAAUAUGAGCAACCCAAUGUGUUGUUUCAAAAUAGUCAUGCACGCGUUGAUGUUGAUGAUGGGGUUCAAGGACAUAAUACUGCAGCAGACCGAGAUUACAUGACUCGUUUACGAGAUGAAAUUGCUGAACAGUUAAUGCAAAAUAUGGAAUGAAUGAUUUAAAAAAAAAUGUUAUUGUGGUUGUAUG